UAUAUAACUACAGCUUCACUUGAAAUAGUUCAUUCAGUCUAAAAGGUAUUUCAUUACAAUCAUGGAAUUGUUACAAAUACCGAUAUUAACUCUUCUAUUCAUUUGGUCUGUCGAUGGUUCAAAUCAAAGUAACAAUAGAAUAAUAGGAGGUUACACUGCACCUGACGGUGGUGUCCCCUAUCAAGUAUCCUUGAGAGAUAGAAAUUUUAAUCUGAAAUGUGGAGGCGCCAUUUUGAACUCGCGAUGGGUAAUGACAGCAGGACAUUGCAUUAAACCUGAUGACGAUCCAAUGAAAUACAUUAUAGUAGCUGGAACAAAUUUACUCACAUCCGGAGGAGACGUGUACACAGUGGAAAAAAUUGUCACUUACCCUGGCUAUGAUACUUCAAAAGCAUUAUUACACGAUAUCGCUCUCUUGCAAAUAGCUGAAGAUAUAGUGUUCUAUGACAAUGUACAACCUAUAGCUCUGCCUGAUAAAGAUACGAAGGGAGGAGCUAAUGUAAUGAUAACUGGUUGGGGAAUGUUUGAUCCUGACCAAAAUGCCGUCAUAGACAAUUUACAAUCGCUAAAUGCAACAGCUGCCUCUAUAGAUGAGUGUAGGAGGAGAAAUAGAAAUGCUCGAGUAUCUGAAAUUUGCACACGACCUAACAAUGGAAAAGGAAUUUGCUUUGGUGAUUCUGGCGGACCAUUAGUAGAAGGAAACGCAGUGGUUGGAAUUGCCUCCUACCUGCUAAAUAAAUGUGCGUUUGGUUAUGAUGCCUUCACAAGGGUGUUCUAUUACAAAAAAUGGAUCGUUAAAGUUAUUAAUUCUUAAACAAAUCUCGGCUUUCACGUGGUGGUGGUUAAUAAUUGCUAUUGGUUAUUUUUCUAAUCUGAUUCUUCAAAAAUGAAACUUAAUUAAUAAAUAUUAUGCAAAGA